AUGGGGGUUCUGAACAAUGGAAGGGGGUACAAAGCGCCCGUGAGAAGAGUUGGGCUGAGCAAGAACCAGGCGCCCAGCCAGCUUCUGUCUGUCAUCAAUUCUGUACCAAGACACAAGGCAGCUAAGAAUGUCGACGAUCCUCCAGUUUCCAGCGGUGACGAGGACGAAGAUACUACUCUCAGCACUGACAGUCCUACGAACGUAAUGACACAAAGGAAAUCGGCCCCAAAAGGCAGUCCAACCGGCAGAGCACGAAAAACGAAGACUUUGUCCUCCCUUGUUGACAGCUCGGAUAGUUCCGGAGAAGGAGAUGAUAGAGCAGCACGUGCUAACAUCAAAAGCACCAGCUUCGGCAUAACGCGAAAAAUCCGAAGUAAGAGAAGGGAUUCACCCGUCGAACCGGCAGAGGAUUCGGAAGAUCUAGACAGCAAAAGACGCAAGACGGGUGCAGCGCUUCAACGCACGCAACGCAAAGAACCCAGGAGCACACUGCCGACCAACCCCGGGGAGCACCUAAAAGACGAACUGGGGUUUACAAAAAUCAGGAAAUCUAAAGCCACAUAUAAGACGGGAAAGCAGAGCUCAAAAGGACAGCCGGUUACGAAAAGCUCAACAGAAUCCCGAGCGAUUUCUCGGUCAAUUACCCCUCCUGGCGCAGGCAAAAAGAGACCGUCGGCCAAGUUACGGGUGCCGGCGUCGUUGCAGAGCCCAGAAAAGCCAAGGACGGACAGACUUCGCCUACCCCCCGGCUCCAUACCUCCAUCGCCUCCUAGCAAAACUACACUCAACCUACCGAGCUCAAUUGAUUCGUCGCAAGGGUCUACCGGUAGCAGGUGGCAGAAGAAAUCGAAGUUGAGAGCAAUACCAAGGUCUCCGUCGCCGCCUCGUGCGGUUUUCAAAAUGCCCGCGUCAAUAUCAGACCUACGGCUUGGAUCGCCGAGGGAAGGCAGAACAGAAGGUCCAUCGACAGACGACCCUUCAGACAUGGAGAAUCAAGAUGGAAAGACAGGGAAACUGAGUAUGGACGACGAAAUCAAGAAUGUGGAAAGAAUCAUGAAAGAAGCAACCGUGUGCCCUUGGUGCGGAGAGCCUGUUGAUGAGAAGUUACUUGACGAUUUUGCCAAGGGUAAGCGGUUGGACGUGCGGCUACAAAGCAAAUUUUGCCAGAAACACAAAAGACAGACUGCUCAGGAACUCUGGCAGCAGAAGAGUUAUCCAAAGGUUGAAUGGGAGGGGCUGGAAGACCGAUUCAGAAAAUACCAUGGAACGUUGCUCGGCGUCAUAAGCGGCGGAGCGUCGCACUUCCGCUCCAUUCAUGAAAAGAACAUUUCAUCUGGAAAAGCGAGAUCCUUGAAGAAGGAAGACAACCUGAAUCCAGGGUACUACGGACCGCGCGGGUUCAACCUGAUGUGCGACUACCUAGUUCACGAAUUUAGCGAGUUGCUGAAGGAGAAGGCAGUGGAUGACAGAGUCAUUGCUGGCCGUGGAGCCGCAGCCUUCAUUCAGACCGUACUCGUGGCCGAGUUGGCAGUGCGCUUGAUCAUGGAAGAUAUGGAGGUUGCUGAAGAAAAGGCGAGGGUCAUUCUGGAGGAGAGCAAGGCUUUGGGCGAAAUGAUUCACGAAGAGACAUGA